AUAUCCCUCCCACACACCAGGAAAAUGGCGGAAUUAAACAACGUGUAUUUUGGCCAACUUUUUCCUCUCUGUGGACUACUGACGGUGACGUGGUAGGAGGUGGAACUGACUAAACAGCACAAAAUCACCUCAGUUACCUGUCUGACGCGGUUGAUUGAGUACCACUGUUAUUCUGGUCUUUCUGUGUGACGUAUUUGAGUCAACAACAACACCAGAAUGCUCCUGUACCCUCGAUAUAACCACCUCCUUCACCGCCUCCUUCACCUCCUCCUUCACCUCAUCCUUCUGCUGCAUGUGGGUGCUAUGGUUGGUAGUGGUGGUGGUGGUGGUGAUGCUGUCGACGAUGAGGUUCAAGGACAAGGCGUCGAUUCCCGAGUAAGACUACUGAUAGUGGCGUCAGGAGGACGUGUUGACGUCAAGGAUGGACACCGCCGCCUCUUCCGGGCCGCCAAGGGCAUCGGCCUCCCUGUCCAGAUGGUCACAGUGAAGGACCCGUCUCUAGAGACAUCCCGUAUCCUACAAGUCAUCAGGCAGCAUCCUUACAAGCCUGACGACAUCCUUGUACUAACCAACAGUGAUCAGUACCUUCCUGCCGCUGCCCCUCACGUCUUAGCUUGGAGGAUCCUGGGGGAGGCGCUGAAGCAGGAGGCUGAGGUAUUGAUCCCUAUUCUCUUCAGCCCCCUCAUCCUCAACCCGGAGCUCGAGAAGGAGUAUCACAAAGUCGAGGAGGAACUUAGGAAAUUGAAAGACAACAAGACCAGAGAGUCAUCAGUGAAAGGCCGCACCGCAGAGGACCUCGUGCUACUGAAGAACCUCUUACACCAGCAGGAUAUACUGAAGGUGAAGGGUAAACAGUACCAGAGAAAAGUUCGACCUGACACAAAGAACUUCAGAGCUUAUGCAUUUGCCGGUUUAGUAGCGUCAAUAGAGGACCUCCUGGUGGCUGCUACUGCUGGUUUUGAUGGCGACGCUGCUGCUGCUAUUGUUGUUGCUGCUGCUCCUGACGCUGUUAUUAAUGCUACUGACACCUCUAGUACUGCUGCUGCUACUGGUACUGUCACUGCUACUAAAAUCAUCGAAGCUGUCAGUCCUGAUGGUGAGGAAGCGGCCACUACAACGAUGACUAAACACGUCGCGGCCACAACUGUUGCUGGUGCUACUACUCGUGACAGGAGGGGGCCGGGGUCCCUGGCUCACUUGUGGCACUCCCUGGCCCUGGACGUGGCACUGAGGUACUCCCUAGGUGUGGCAUUAGACCAUCAGCACAUCGUCUUCCAAGAUGCAGCCACCACUAGUCCAGAGUGGUUCGGCUAUGAAGCUGACGGAUCCCUGAAGUUAGAGAUCCAGGGGCUGAAGUUGGCGUCCUUGAUCUAUGCUGCCCCAGGAACGAUGCCCUUACAGCUCGCCAACAUCGUCGCCAGGGAGGUCGGUGUCAAGCUCCCCUGCCCUCAGUGUCUUGACGAACCCUUGAAGACUGAGAGAUUAACAAGUAGUGAGGCCCCCAGGGUGAUGGUAACGGUGGUGGUGGAGCGACCUACUCCCUUCUUCAGGGUGUUCCUCAGUCGCCUCAAGGAUCUCAGUUACCCCAAGCAAAAGAUCUUCCUCAGCUUCUACGUCACUCCGGCAGCUGAGCAACACCUGGAGACGGUGGAGGAGUUCCUGGAGGAGGUAGUGGACCAGUACCUCGAGGGCGCCCUGCUGGACCCACACGCAGGGCCUAACGUGGCUAAGAGUUAUCAGUUCUUGUGGAACACGGCCAGGAAGGAGGGCAUGGACUACCUCUUCUUCCUUGAUCCCAUCGCCCACCUGACACACCCAGACGCUGUCCAACACCUGAUUACAAGGAACAGAAGCGUGGUGGGACCUCUGUUGACUUCCCAGGAUGGACUGCAUCACAACAUCUAUAGUGGAGAGGACAGGAUGCUGAACCUAGGCCAUACUGGGGAAAGAUACGUCAAGCGCCUUAAAAAGGACGAUGCAUUCCUUGACUUCAGCGCGGGUCUCCUUCAGGUAGAGCAGGUAGAGUCGGCCCUCCUUCUCUCCAGGGACGUCCUCUCUUCCGCCCGGGUCAACUUUACUUCCUACGGGGAGAACUUUACCCAAGGAUUCGUCAGCCAUCUCCUAGAGCAGGGCUUCAUCCCCUACGCCACCAACGAGGAGAUCUACGGCAAACUCCUCAACGACAAGAACUACACGAGCGACAUCUGGAGUCUGGAGAAAAACGACGAGGAGUACUACGACCUCUACGUGAGUAAGUCGCCCUUGUCGUCCGAGGAGGCUGAGUCGUCCUCCGCGGAGUGUAGGAAUGUCGGGAGGUUCUUGGUGUUUAACGAUGUGUUUGCUGGCGACCUGUUGCAGGAGGCGCAGAAGACGCCCUGGCAAGACUUAUCUGACGAGGAGGAGAAGGCCCAGGUGUUGGUUCCUCCUACAGGUGAACUGACGAAGCAGAUGAACGUCCUCACUCAGUCAGUCAUUAGGAGUGUAUUCAAGAAUAAGUAUAUACAGAUACCGGAGUCAGGUGGUCGUGUGAGCUUGGUGAAGGGGCCGGGGCACUACCUUCCUGAUGGCAAGUUCGUGGCCCUCCUCUGUCUGCAGGCCAUGACGGAGGAUUCUCAGCUUGAACUACUGAAGGGAGAGACGAAGUGUAAGCUAAGACUGACUGUAGGGGAGGUGGCGUACUUCAAGAGGACCUACUAUCCUAAAAUCACUUUCACGGGCCCUACAUCCUUCGCUGCCUUGAUCCUGUGAGGCGUCCUGCAAGAGGUAGUUGGAGGGGAUCCUAUGGCAGACUUAUAAAGGGAAGGGGGAGUCCUCUGGGGGUAUUAGUAAGGCAGAAGGAGCGUCCUAUAGGAGUACUUUGUAUAGGGGUCCUUAGAUGUGAGAAUCCUACAGGGGUUCCUACAAGGUUCUACAGGGUUCUAUGGUUCUUAUUUACUUAUUAUUAUUAUUAUUAUUAUUAUUAUUAUUAUUAUUAUUAUUAUUAUUAUUAUUAUUAUUAUUAUUAUUAUUAUUAUUAUUAUUAUUAUUAGUAGUAGUAGUAGUAGUAGUAGUAGUAGUAAGUGACCUACAUAUCCUAACUUACAUUAUGUAUUUAGUUGUAUAUGAGUUACAGUUUGUGUGUAGUUCGUGACAACAAGUAAAUGUCUUUGUCUGUG